AUGAAAGCCCUCAGGAAGCAAGAUUAUGUUCGAAUAAAGAAUGCGGCGAAGAAAGUGAGUGAGAAAUACAGAAAGAAAAGGCAAAAGCUACGGUCCGAGAAGAAAGAUAAAGCUGACAAGAAAUCCUACCAACCUGGGGGGUUUCAUCUAAGUGAUAAGCCUGUGCAGAAUACUAAACCCAAAAUAAAGAGAGCACCAAAAAGGAAAAAGAAUGAUGAACAGUUUCAGAUUAAAUUUGUCAUGCCGACAUUUGAAGUAGUUGGCAAAAAAUGA